GACCUCUUCGAUGCCUCUUUCCCAUCACUCGUAAGCAAUAUGUAAUGUAGUAAGGUCAGAGAACUGCUCUUAACCCCAGGGUACUGACAAGCAUUCAAGGAACGUUAAGUGACUUCUUCAUAAGACCGUCUCGGGGGCGACAGCUUCCCGAAGCCUAUCGGGGCCGAAACUGGAUCCUGGCAUUACAGUGGGCGGCACAUCAGCCAGGGUGCGGGUUCUGGUCCCAGUAGUGUCACAUAAUGACGUAAUGAGCGAGGAACAGCUGUACUACAACAUUUCGGUGGAAUCCCUGAGUUUAAGUAUCAUAAAGAGAUACAUCAGCCGUCAAAAACCGCUCUGGGUAACUCUUUCAAUUUGUAAGAGACUUAGGGAGAUUUAUUCUUCUUCUUCUUCUUCUUUCCAAAAACCCAACGCAAACAUCUUUCAUCUUCUUGGCAAAUACGACAUGACUUACCAAGGCAUUGUCAGAAUGGCAAUCAAUGCUCUUGUUUUCGCACCUGAUUAUUCUUCCUGCAACUACAACAUCGAUACAACCAAAGUUAAUCGUCUCAAACACAUUUUUGAACUAGAAGGAUGUAACCGAUAUGAUCCACAGAAUUUUAUCAGGGGCAGCAUCACUCGGGAUGCUUUACAGAAGGCCCUGGUGCGUUCCCGCUUGACGCUGGCAAGUCUGCAGAGAGAGGGAGAUCCUCCAAUGCUUCACCUUCCACCAGAUACCUAUGUGCGAUGUGAUCAGGGCAGAAGCCGCGUGAAGGCACUCCUGGACACCGAUCGCUCUUUCUAUUGGUGGACCGUUGAACUGUAUGCAGAUAUUCACCAGGAAGCUCCUGGCAGAGCUAGAAAUACUUCCGUUAAUAUUGGAGGGUACUCUGAUGGACGUAUAUGUGCGGAGAUUGUGCAGAGUCGCUUCAACACAAUCGCGGAGGACGAAUGGUGGGCGAAACUUUCUAAGAGCAAGGCGAGCAUCCUGAGAGGUUUACUUGAACAUCACUCCCUGGCUACCCCUUUCGUGGAGUUGAUUCGUAGUAUACCUGCUAUGCGUGAAGAUCUAUUAAUUGGCGUGUGGCACAAAAUAAUUGCAGCCAAAUGCGAUGAGGAGAUUAUCCGGUACUUUAGAUUCAUCCUCAAUACUUGGACUGAAAUCAUGGGGUCGAAGUCAGCAUUGCGACACAUAGAUACCGCCUCUGUAAGGGAAUUGCAACUAAGAGUUCCGGGGUUAUCGGAACAGGACUUGGAGCACGUUACUCGAGUUAUAACGAGUGGGGUAGUGUUUAGAAGUCUCACCAAUACGUCAGAGAGGGUAGCACUGCUGGACCGACUUAGGAGGAUCAAAUUUCUGAUUCCUUCUAUACAUACUCUGCAGAAAGAUGUCAAAUAUCUCCGACCUUGCGCGGAUGUUCUGAAGCGGCUCAUCUUGGGCCAAGGACGAUCUUCUUCGACAGCCCAGGCAGUUGCACUUGAUGCCUUCCUACCUGGACGCCAAAGGGGAGCAGAUGCUGAGUUCCUCGACAAGUUGAAACGGGUGUAUCUCUUCAUAAUGCAAAACAUAGUACAACUGACCGAUGAAGCUCCUCUCCGAGGAGAUAGAGCAAAGGUACAGAUGCCGGGACGAGGAGGGCCCAAUCCUAAAUCCUGGUUUCAAUUGGCAAUCGAAGCUCAACGUCUUGGAUUCAGCUCUGUCGAAAUCACUCGUUUAGCAUCGGAAGAUCCGGACCGUGAAUUGGCGCUUAGGACGCUUCUUUUGGCCCGGCCCGAAUCGGAGUACGAAUAUGACAGGUCGGACCUGGAUAAUCUUGUGUCUUCUGCUGUGCAACUUUUCCGAGCAGCUCGAAGAAGACGACCAGAUUUUGUUGAACCUAGAUUCACCACUAGAGGCACUGGGGAGCUAAUUGCUCGCCGAUGUGGGCGUCAAUACUCUGGAGCCUAUGAGCACGAUCGAAAUUUCUUCACGAUGACAUAUUUUUCGCUUCCAGUAGCAAGAGACGUGGAUGUUACUUCGCUUUUUGUGCGUAGAUCCGUCUUUCAUGCAUUUUUCAGGCUCGAAAAAGGAAAUAAAGUCACAUCAGACGCAACUGGCGUUGACCAAUCGCACUCACCAGCGGUUAUGGACGGUGAGAGCCCCCAGGCCAAUCAGGACCGCAGCUUAAGCAAGAUCAAAAAUGAAGAGACGGCUCGGCAGUCAGUAUGGGAAGCCUUAAGGCGACAAGACGAAGCUUUACAGCAGGGCGUAGCAAAACAAUACGGAACGGAUGUAGGAGGAUCCUUGCAGUGUGAUAGCAAGAAUAUAGUAGAGAUCAGUAGUGACAGUUGCGAGAGCGCAAGCGAGACCGAGGACUCAGAGGUUACUCUAGAGCCGGCUCUGAAGAGAAGGAGAAGAGGAUAAAGAGGCGAAUUGAAUA